AUGUCUACUUCCGAGGCUUUCAAGCAGGCCGUGCUGGACUCCAAGAAGCUCACGUCCAAGCCGAGCAACGAGGAGCUCCUGGACAUCUAUGGCCUCUACAAGGUGGCCAUGGGCGAGGACAUCACCACGGCCCCGAGCCCUGGCAUGUUUGACCUCAAGGGCAAGGCAAAGAAGGCCGCCUGGCAGAAGGCCGUCGACGAGGGCCUGACCGCCGAGCAGGCUCAGGAGCGUUAUGUCGAGUACAUUGAGAAGCUCAAGGCCAAGCACGGAUACGAUGCGAGCAAGGAGCCCGAGACUGUCGGCUCCUCGUAG